AGUUGCCUGAGCUCCCCGAAAUCUCCCUUGGAAAUCACCUUAAAUUAAACCUACAGAAGGAUGGAGUGAAACGAUCUUCUGGCUUAAGACAACCCGGAAGGUCUUCAGGAAAGGUCUGUCUCACGUGGGUCAAAGGGCGAGAGGGAGGACGACAGAUAAAAGUGCCGCUGGUGAAGCCGUGACAGGGAAGAGGAAUCGGUCCUGAGCCCAAAAAGUCCUCUUGGAAGAGCUGGACAAGGAGCUGACCCCCCGCCGAGUCAGGCAGGAGGACACGUACACAAUUCUUCAGAUCAAGCCUGUAGAGAGGACACAGGUGGAAGGUAGUCUCUGAGAGGAGGAAGCACCGGCAGCUGGGGAGGGAGGAAGAAAACCAGGGCAGGCCUGCAGAAGGGGGGAUCUGAGAGCCAUCCUGAAGGGAAAGGCUGGUUUGCAGACAACCAAAGUGUAUUCCAAGGAGAGAGCCUGGAACCAGAGAGGAUGGGCCCAGGGACCCAGAGACCCUCAUCCCAGGAGUUGGUGACAUUCAAGGAUGUGGCUGUGGAUUUCACCCAGGAGGAGUGGCACCUCUUGGACCAUUCUCAGAGAGAGCUGUACAAGGAGGUCAUGCUGGAGAAUGUCCAGAACCUGCUCUCUGUGGGACUUCCAGUUUCUAGAGAAGAUUUGAGCUCCCCUUUCCAGGGAGGGGAAUCACCAGGGAUGGUAGAGCACAAAGGUCCAAGGAUCUCCCGUCUAGGUACAGAGACCAGGUUUGAGGUGAAGGAGUUGACUACAAAGGUGAGCAUUGGUGUUGCAGAAUUUGGCCAGCAUAGAUUUGAAAGUGAUGGUGCCUGUGACUUCAGUUUGAGAGAAAUCUGUGACUCUGAUGCCAAGGUGGAUAAGAGUAUCUGGGAGUUUGGUGAAAUUGAAAAGGCACUCACACAGUCUUCAGUCUUCAAUAACAGCAAGAGAAUGACUUCAUGGAAUGAAUAUGUUCAGGACAGUGAAGAUAACAAAUGGUUUCCAAAACUACUAGAGCCUUUUAAGGCUCAGGGGAAGUCUCUUCAAAUGCAAAUGGAUCAAGGUAAUCAUCUGGAAAUGGCCUUGAAUUUAAAUUCUGAUCUCAUUAGACAUCAGAAAAGUGAUACUGGAGAAAUGCUUUAUGUAAGUGAGAAAGGUGGCAAGGCCUUCAGUCAGAGCUCUAAGCUCAUUACUCUUCAGAAAAUUCACAUUAGAAAGGAGCCUGUUGAAUAUAAUGAAUGUAAAACAACCUUGUCCCAUCAGACAUCUCUUCCUUGCCAUCCUAGAUUUUACCAUGGAAUGAAAAGAUAUGCGUGUCAUCAUUGUGGAAAGGCCUUUGUUUGGAAAUCAGAUGUUAUUAGACAUCAGAACAUUCACGUUGGACAAAAAUUUUAUAAAUGUAAUCAAUGUGGAAAGACUUUCACACGGGGAUCCCAUCUUGUUGUACAUCAGAGAAUCCACACUGGAGAAAAACCUUAUGAAUGUAAUCAGUGUGGAAAGACUUUCACACAGAGCUCUCAUCUUGUUAAGCAUCAGAGAGUCCACACUGGAGAAAAACCUUAUGAAUGUAAUCAGUAUGGAAAGGCUUUCACAGACAGUUCCAAUCCUUUUGCAAAUCAAAGAAUCCACACUAGAGAGAAACUUUAUGAAUGUAGUCAGUGUGGGAAGGCUUUCACAAAGAGUUCUAAUCUUGUUGCACAUCAGAGAAUCCAUACUGGAGAGAAACCUUAUGAAUGUCAUCAGUGUGGAAAGGCUUUCACAAAGAGUUCCUAUCUUGCUAACCAUGAGAGAAUCCACACUGGAGAGAAACCUUAUGAAUGUCAUCAGUGUGGAAAGGCUUUCACAGGGAGGUCCAGUCUUGCUAAGCAUGAGAGAAUCCACACUGGAGAGAAACCUUAUGAAUGUCAUCAGUGUGGAAAGAAGUUCAGGUGCAGCUCCAGUCUUGCUUCACAUCAGAGAAUCCAUACUGGAGAGAAACCCUAUGAAUGUUUUCAGUGUGGAAAGGCUUUCACAGAGAGAUCCACUCUUGUUGUACAUCAGAGAAUCCAUACUGGAGAGAAACCUUAUGAAUGUAAUCAAUGUGGAAAGGCUUUCACUGGGAGUUCCAGUCUUGCUAAGCAUGAGAGAAUCCACACUGGAGAGAAACCUUAUGAAUGUAAUCAAUGUGGAAAGACUUUCACAAAGAGUUCCAAUCUUGCUAAGCAUGAGAGAAUCCACACUGGAGAGAAACCUUAUGGAUGUAAUCAGUGUGGAAAGAGUUUUACAUGGAGCUCCAGUCUUGCUGCACAUCAGAGAAUCCACAAUGAAGAGAAACCCUAUGGAUGUAAUCAGUGUGGAAAGGCUUUCACAGAGAGUUCCACUCUUGUUGUACAUCAGAGAAUCCACACUGGAGAGAAACCUUAUGAAUGUAAUCAAUGUGGGAAGGCUUUCACAGGGAGUUCUAGUCUUGCUAAGCAUGAGAGAAUCCACACUGGAGAGAAACCUUAUGAAUGUAAUCAGUGUGGAAAGAAGUUCAGAUCCAGUUCCAAUCUUGUUGCACAUCAGGGAAUCCACCCUGCAAAGAAAUCUUAGGAAUAUAAUCAAUGUGAUAAAAUCUUCAGGCAAUGAUCAUCUCUUGUUUACCAUCUAAGAAUUCAUAUUCUAUAGAAAUCUCAUCACUGAUAUGAAAGUCAAAUUUGCCAUUUAGUUCAGGUCUUUUCAUCACAAAUAUCUGAAAGUCUUCUUUUUCAUUAAAGUCCAAUUUUUUCCACUGAAAGAUUAUGCUGAGUU